UAUGAAAUUCCAAGGAUCAACAUUUCUUUUCUCUAAACGCGGCUCCUCUUUCCCAUUCACGCGCCGCCGUUCACCACCACAUCAUCUCUCACCGCCACCACUCAUAAAGUUACCGUCGUCAGAAGGAAAAAGGACACUUCCAUUUAUGAAUCAUAUGUUAUUAAUAUGGGCGGUGUGACGUCAUCCAUCGCCGCUAAAUUCGCUUUUUUCCCACCGAAUCCUCCGUCGUACACGGUUGUUUCUGACAAGUCAUGUGGCGGUAAAUUAUGCAUACCUGAGAUACCUCGGAGGGAAAACGUCGACGUUUUGAAGCUCCGGACUCACCGGGGAAACGAAAUCGUCGCAGUAUACGUGAAGCAUCCAAAGGCAUCCGCCUCUAUGCUUUACUCUCAUGGAAAUGCUGCUGAUUUGGGGCAAAUGUUCGAAUUAUUUGUUGAGUUAAGCCUCCGUCUUCGGGUCAAUCUCAUGGGGUAUGAUUACUCUGGAUAUGGACAGUCGACUGGAAAGACAUCUGAGUGUAAUACGUACGCGGACAUUGAUGCAGUAUAUAAAUGCCUAAAGGAACAGUACGAGGUCAAAGAUGAACAGCUAAUACUGUAUGGUCAAUCUGUUGGCAGUGGUCCAACCGUUGAUCUUGCAUCACACACACCCAAUUUAAGAGCUGUUGUUUUACAUGGUCCAAUAUUGUCUGGUCUAAGAGUGUUGUACCCUCUCAAACACACACAUUGGUUUGACAUUUAUAAGAAUGUCGAAAAGAUUAGCUUGGUGAAUUGUCCUGUUCUAGUCAUCCAUGGAACAGCGGAUGAAGUUGUUGAUUGCUCCCACGGAAAACAGCUCUAUGAACUGUGCAAGGAGAAGUAUGAACCAUUAUGGAUAAAUGGAGGCGGGCAUUGCAAUCUUGAACUUUACCCGGUUUACAUCAAGCAUCUAAAAAAGUUUGUUCUUGGUCUUGGCAAAUCAAAGACUGCUACAAAUGGUUCUCAUAAACCAUCUUUAGUCUCUGACACUAAGAAGCCAGCUGAAAGUGUCUCCUCAAACACACUCAAUCUGCAUUCUGACCUUCCAGAAAUUUCAAGAAAUAGUUUGGAUAGUCGACUUGAUAAGGCAAAGAAGUCGAACAAACCUGAGAAAUCUCGGAUGAGCACAGGUUGUGUUGACAGGUUUAGGAGACGGAAGGGAUUGGUGUGGUAAUAAUAGCUUUGUAUAGGGGCAAUCCUGUUAAUUUAUAAAACAUUGGAUUGAGACGAGCUUAAAUUGAGCGAAAUGGACAGUGUGGAUUUUUAUAGCUGACUCCAACUUGCUGGGAUUGAGGCGUUGUUCUUGGAACGUGACGCCCUAAUGGGUGAUUAUAGGUGUAAAUAAUUGCAUUAUCUGUAUCAUUUAGAGGUGAAGUUGUGAUUUCUGCAUCCAUUUUGCCCUGUAUAUAAUCUCAAAUAUUCAACUGUCAUUUUUUGAUAUAGAAAGCUUAUAAUUUUUGGCUGUGAUCAUGAGUUCUAAUAAAAGUACAUUGGCAAGAGAGACAAAAUAUUA